CCUGGGAGGGAGACGGGUCCGUAGUCUCCGGUCGCAGAUCCGUGGACCCUCUUCGCAGACGCCUCGUGGAGCCUCAGGUAACUGCACCUCCUUCCAGUAUGGCAGCCUCGCCGCUCCCACCGCCAGACCCGCGGUUUGUCCUCCGAGGUACCCAGUCGGCAGUACAUGCGCUGCAUUUCUUCGGAGGAGCCGAAGGGCAGGGGCAGCCGCUCCUCCUCUCAGGAUCCCUGAGUGGGCUGGUGCACAUCUGGAGCCUGCAGACACGGAGGGCGGUUGCUACCCUGGACGGCCAUCGGGGCCAGUGUGUAACCUGGCUGCAUUCAUUGCCCCAAGGGCACCAGCUCCUCAGUCAGGGCCGGGACCUGAAGCUGUGCCUAUGGGACCUGGCGGAGGGCAGAAACGCUGUCGUGGACUCCAUGCGCCUGGAGAGCAUGGGCUUCUGCAGGAGCACCGUCCUGGCCAGGGGUCAGAGGCACUGGAUGCUGGCCAUGCCGGGGAGAGGCAGUGACGAGGUUCAGAUUCUGGAGAUGCCAUCCAAGACGUCAGUGUGCACCCUGAAGCCGGAGGCAGAUGCCAAGCCGGGCAUGCCCAUGUGCCUGGAGCUGUGGCAGGCCGAGUCCAGUCCCCGCCCACUCCUCCUGGCCGGCUAUGAGGACGGAUCAGUGGCCCUGUGGGACGUCUCUGAGCGGAAGGUGUGCAGUCGUGUCGCCUGCCACACAGAGCCCGUCAUGGGCUUUGACUUUGACUCCCAAAAGGCCAGGGGCGUCUCAGGCUCUGCGGAGAAGGCGCUGGCUGUCUGGAGCCUGGAUGAGCAGCAGGCCCUGCAGGUAUGCAAAACUCAUGAACUCACCAAUCCCGGGAUUGCUGAUGUCAAGAUCCGGCCAGACCGCAAGAUCCUGGCCACUGCAGGCUGGGACCAUCGUGUCCGUGUGUUUCACUGGCGGACAAUGAAGCCACUGGCUGUACUGUCCUUCCACAGUGCUACUGUCCACUGUGUGGCCUUCGCUGCCAAUGGCUUGCUUGCUGCAGGGUCCGGGGAUCAGCGCAUCAGCAUCUGGUCACUCUACCCGAUUAGCAGUGACUCAUCCACUCCCUUGUCAGGACAUGUGGAGGACACGGAGGUGGGAGCCCAUGCCUUGGCCUGACCCAGGCAUGUAGUAACCAUGCAUCAGGACCCUUGAGGACAACCAGUCACAGUUAUCUUCCUCCAGUUACGAGAGGUGUCCAGUCCUUGGAGUCCUCAUUUUCUUCACAAGGCUUGGGUUUCCUUUUUUUUUUUUUUUUUUUAAUUUUUUUAAAUGUCUUU